CCCAGUAGGAGUGUAGCUCACCUGCUUGGCUUCCCCUUAUUGCUACGGUCAGGCAGUCUGGACAGUAACACAUGGAAAACUAAAGGGAAAAGCCUAAUUCUGCGGGUACGCCAGCCUAUAAGGGAAGAAAUGACUGGAGAUGAAAUGUUUUCACAGUCUUGGUUAUCCAUCCUGUUUUGGUGAAUUGGCUGCUAGUGCUACCUCAAACCAAGUUAAAGGAGGAUGAGUGAGCACAUUGGCUGUCUUGAGAGUGAAGAGAUUGGAGGAGAAAAGCUUCAAGUGGUGAAGGCUGCCCUCCACACUGCCAUGAGCAGGGUGCUGGCAGGAUGGAAUGUGUCACUGCUAGCAGCAUGUUUUCCAUCUUUGGCUGUUGACAACAAGGAUUUCAUUGAAACUAUAAGAGUCAAUAUUGUUGAGGUUGUGGAGAAAGCUCUACUUGAAGAUUUUGAUGAAAUGAUUGAUGAAGAUAUUGUCAAAUCUUUAGAAGAAUUUAGCACUGCUGUCAAGGACAGUUGUGUUUCUAAAGGCACUGUUGCUUGGAGGCCAACUGGAGAUCCCAAGCUUGACAUGAUGGCACAUGAUGCAAGGGUACUCUACUAUGAAAAGCAGCACAUUUUGGAAUCCCUCAAGCAUGCCAAGUUGGUAACCAGCAAAGCAGAAGAAGCCAUUAAACAAGGCUACAAGAAAUGCCAUGAAAACCAGAAGGAAAUACAAAAGAAUUUAUCAGUCGUCAAUGAACUUUUGGAGACAUCUCAAGCCAUAAAUGAAGGACAUAACAGUGGCUUGUGCAAAACAGUGUUCCUAAGGCCAUCAAAUUGAAAAGUCAGGAAAAUAAUAUAUAUAUUGAAUGUCAAAGUAUUAUGUACAGCUAUCUAUCUGUAAGAGAGGCUGCAUUCACUCAAGCCACUUUUUGCAGUCACUGGUCAUUAUAAAAAAUAGUUGGUAAAAAAAAAAUAUUGUGUGUCAGGUAGCAGCAUGAACACAUGCAUGCCCUUGGUAGCUGCCACAAAUGAUGUGAGUGACAUGUGGAUCUCAUGGAAAUAGCAUGUCUGCUCUCUUUGUAAAGAUGACACAGUAAAAUGCAGAAACUACUACGUACUUGAUGCACCUCAUGCUUAGUUGUAACAGACAAUUACAUGGACUAUUUCACACAUUUUUGUUUAGUAUUCUUUUGAUUGUAUUAUUUAUUGUGCUGGUUCCUUCGCCACCUCUGUAAUCAAUUUUUUUUCUUACUGUCAAAGAAAUGUUAAGGUAUUCCUGCCGUUCAUGGAAAGGAGGAGUGCGUGACACUGUGACAGAUAGGACGAGACAACGUGAAAGCAGCAGGAAGCAUGCUAGGUGCGUGGCAGCUAUAGGUACUAGUGGCUCGUGAGCCAUUUGAAAUAAUAAUGGUUCCUAUUGCUGGCCACUGUGACUGCCCAGAAGCCACAUAAAUGUAUGUGUUCUAUUUUUGACUAUUUUGUUGUGGUGGUCACUGGCCACAAAAUGUGACUCAUGUCAGUGCAGCCUACGGCCUAAGUACUCAUAAGUGCCAGAUAUUUUGUUAAACGUAGGAACAAACAUUUGCAGCAUUCUUGCACUCCAGGUCUGAGGAUUUACUUGACUCAUAAUUUUUCCUUUUACACUUACUAUUUUUUACACAGUGAGUUUAAGCUUACUAUUACUUGUUAUGCAUUUUUCUGCUUCAUUCCGUUUUGUGUUGCAUACUUCUAUCACUGAUAAUUUUUAUUAUUCAAUGAAUGAGCUGCUCUCUGUGACAAGAAAAAUAUUGAAAAGAAAGGCAUGUUUUGUUUAAAUACUGAGAAUAAAGAUACAACUAAAACCA